AUGGGCAGCUUCAGCUCCAAAAAACGGGUUUCCAAGAGUGAACGGAAGAAAUCCAACCACACGGAACAGAUGAUAGCAUCAGACGGCUAUAGCAGGAACACAUCAAACGUGACGGUGACGAAAGCGGUCAAAGUAACACAGACGGCGACCAGUACAAGAACGUCAAUAAAUUCUGUAACAUCGCAAACUAUUCGAUCAUCCGGGACGACAACAGCAUCUACUAUUGCACCGAGAAGCCCAUCGCUGCCGUACACACCGGUGUACAGAAGACCCUCGCUUACCAUAUAAAGUGAUGCUUCAGCGGUGAGCAGCUCCACAAGCACACGUGUUGUUACCAGCCUCCGCACAGCACAGGACACUCAGUACCAUCUGGAUAAAAACGCGUACGUGCUCGUGUUUCAUCAUUACAAAUUUAAGGACAGCGACUGCAAUCGACAAGGCAGCUCUAAAGAUAUGCAAAAAAUCAAAGAAGUACUCACUAACUAUCGUUGCAGUAGUCUCGACAUCAAUGAAAACUAUACCGCACGCGAGGUACGGCUAAAGAUGCUAAAAAUUUCAACACAAUCUUUUAGCAAAUACAGCUGCCUGAUAGUUUUUAUCAUGAGUCAUGGAGAAAUAAACGAUACGAUCAUGGGAUAUGAUGGCAGUAUGUACUCGUUCCAUGAAGAUAUUGUGGAGCACUGCACAUCUAAUCAAACGCUAAGCGGCAAACCUAAAAUAUUUGUCGUACAAGCCUGCCGCGGUAAAAACGCGAUGGAAACGGAUUCAACCAGAAGCACCGUCAGUGAUAAGAGCGACAUCGUUGCCUUUCAAAGUUCCUAUCAUGGCACUGUAUCGUACCGCCACAUAGAGGAAGGAAGCUCCUUUAUGCAAGCCUUUCUACGGCUGCUGCAUGCAAACAAUCAGCAAAGCAUCAUCAACGUUAAUACACUGCUCAACAGGGAGUUCAAAGAGAAAAGGCUCGGGCAAGCACCAACACUGACCACCACGUUACAGAAGGAGUUGAUAUUUGGAAAGUUACUUAAACAACCGUAG